CGUCAGAGUUUUUGAACCAGCUUUAGCCUAACGCUUCAUGAGGUUUGACUUCCUGUAUUUGUGCAUUGAGUAGGUUUGAGCCUGCAUUUUGAGUGUGUGAGGGGAGCUGAUUUUUCAAUCGAACUGCAGAUCAAGAUCCUUUCGGGAGUAGAAACCGAUGAUGGCGAUGGUGACUAACAGACUUGGGUGUUUACCAGUUCUUGUUUUGCUGCUGACUUUGAGUAGUUUGGUUACAUCAAGAUAUCUUAGGAUGAAAAGGGAAACUGGUCACAACACAACAUCGAUAAACAGUAGCGUCACACACAGUACAACAGGUGUAGCUGAAGCUGAGAAUACAAGUAGCACGACUCUUGGUCCAUUGGCUUUAAAUGUCUCUGCAACUACAGAUUACCGUGGUACUCCAGAUUCGAACCACACCCAACAGAAGUACUCUGCAGGAACUGAGAACCUGACAGUCUACCAGACAUCAGAUAACGAGAGUACUUUGUACACCCAACUUCCCACAAUAAGUAAUAGUCAUGGACACAUUUCACAAGCAGGAAGUUCUGCCCCCACAUUUCCUGCAUCGCUUGAGCCAGGCAAGGUAACAGAGAAGCAAACGACAGCGAGAACGUCCACAGAUACGGAUAGACGUACCACAGCUGUUAUCUCAAUGGCCACUAGAAAAUCAACCACGGUAACGACCCACUCGUGUUCCUCUGCCUCUUCCCAAGAUGACAGACUUGUGAGUCGGUGCCUCAUUGCCAUUGCCGCGAUGGCUGCCUUCACGACCAUCUUUAUCGUCAGCACCAUCUGUCUGGCUACAAAACUUUCGGGAUACAAAUACAGGCACAAGGCGCAUCUUCUCCAGGAGACUGAGAUGGUUUGCAUUUCUGCCCUUAUGAAUGAUACAGAGCACCCUGUUCCAAAGCCAAGGCGACACCCCAAAAGUAAUGGAGCACUGAUCCCGAACAUUGAGGAUGGAGAUCCUGACGGAGAUAAUCUUACUCUAAACAGCUUUCUUCCUGAUACUGAGGGCCCUCUUUAGAAGUUUAAACCUUUCACCUGCUGUGUGCACUGUGUGGAAAUGUUUACUCUAACACUGGUUUUAAGUCAGUGCUCAGGUUUGACAGAAACCCAGCUCUAGAAUUGUUUGCACUGUCAAAAAAAUCAAGUUAUGUCACAGCAUAUCUGUGCUACUGGUUGUCUUCACUGGCUUUGAAGUGCCUUUCGAAACAACCAUUUGAUGUAAAUAGCAUGUUUUCUAGCAUGAUCUAGAUUGGUUGUGCUUUUUUAUAUUUUGGGAUUAAAGGAGUAGUUCACUUU